AUGUCCUACCGAGUCCACCAGAUAGAUGAUGACUACUUGGAACGACAGCGCAAAAAGGACAAGGCCGCAGUGAAGUACCCCAAAUGUUUCAAAACUGCGGUGGAUAUCUCCAAAGUCAACCUUCCAGUGGUGAAAGAAUGGAUCACCGAUAAGAUCAAUGAGCAAUUGCCAGACGACGACAUAGUGAUCGACUAUCUUUACGAGCUUCUCCAGGCCAACGGAGACCAGCCCGACAUCCGUGGAAUACAGGUCCAAUUGAACGACUUUUUGGGGCAAGACGAGGCCAGGCAGUUCUGCGAAAAGUUAUGGAAGCUCAUGAUUUCUGCUCAAGACGACCCCGACGGUAUUCCCGCAGAGAUUCUAGAGAAGAGGAAGAAAGAAUACGAAGAGCUCGAGAAGAAGGAGCAAGUUCCCGCUAAGAAGGAGCAAGUUCCCGAGAAAAGAAAGACAAACUAUAAUAGAAGCACAUCCAAGGACGGCGAGUCCAAG